AUGACAUUUUUUUCUAUCGCAUUCCUUCUGCUUACCCUGCUAGUCAUAUUUUCAGAUGGCGCUUUCCAAAGAACUGUUGUUUUUAUCAGAGUCGACACAGACUUGGGAGAAACGGUAUUUCUUCGUGGUGGAGGAGCAAACUCUGCUAUUCCGAUUCGUCACAGAGUUUUUCCCGUCCAUGGUCAUAUCACUGGUGCCUCGUUUUGGUCUAAGGGAGACAAUAAUCUAGACUGGAAUGGCGCCGAGUUUGGGCAGUCUUUGUACCAGAAUACACAAGCCUCUGGAACUCCGCUUAUUUGGACAACAUCACUGCAUUCACCUGGAAAUCCAACAGUGGCGGUCGAUGGUUUUGGAUACACCCCAUUAAAUACAUUUGGUUCCAAUUUCUGGAUGUUAGAUGUUGAUAUGGAUUGUUCCAAGACGUAUCGUGGAGGGUGGUUUGCAAUGAAGGUAAAGGGUACACUACACUAA